AUGCUUUGCUGCGCAAUAGCAUUAUCCUCGCAUAGGAUACACACGACGGCACCUGCCUCGUCGCCGGCGGACAUCCCCACCUCUUCUACGAAUCCCGCAGAGCCAAUUACUCAGAUUGCGAAGCGCGGGUCGAAUCAGCUGAGCCUGGAGACACCUCAGAACAAAGCUGAAUAUGUCCUCUCCACCCUGGACAAGGUUGUUAAUUGGGCGAGACAGGGUUCGAUGUGGCCCAUGACUUUCGGUCUGGCUUGCUGUGCCGUAGAAAUGAUGCACAUGGCUGCAGCACGCUACGACCAGGACCGACUGGGUGUCGUCUUCCGUGCCAGUCCUCGGCAGUCGGAUAUCAUGAUUGUCGCUGGUACCUUGACAAACAAGAUGGCACCUGCCUUGCGCAAGGUCUAUGAUCAAAUGCCUGAGCCCCGAUGGGUGAUCUCCAUGGGCUCGUGCGCGAAUGGCGGCGGGUACUACCACUACUCAUAUUCCGUUGUUAGGGGUUGCGAUCGCAUCGUGCCUGUCGAUAUAUAUGUUCCUGGGUGCCCACCAACGGCGGAAGCGCUGCUGUACGGCAUGUUGCAGCUGCAACGCAAGAUGAGGAGGAACCGGAAGAGCGUGCUCUGGUACCGGAAGUAGCUAAGAAUAUCCCGCGGAGAGUGCUGCUUCUGAUGUCGCAGUAUCGAGCGCAGUAGACACGAACGAUAUGAUGUUGUUCUUGUGGAUAUGAAUGGAUUGGGUUUGGAGAGCAG